AUGACAGCUCUUAUUAAGCGUAACACCACUAUUCCAACCAAACAGACCCAGACUUUCACUACUUACUCUGAUAAUCAACCUGGUGUAUUGAUCCAAGUUUAUGAAGGAGAGCGUGCUAUGACAAAAGAUAAUAACUUGUUGGGAAAAUUCGAGCUCACCGCUAUUCCCCCGGCACCACGUGGAGUUCCUCAAAUCGAAGUCACUUUUGACAUUGAUGCCAAUGGUAUUUUAAAUGUCAGUGCCAUUGAAAAGUCAACCAAUAAAGAAAAUAAGAUCACCAUCACUAACGAUAAGGGACGUUUGAGCAAGGAGGAUAUUGAACGCAUGGUGAAUGAUGCUGAGAAAUACAAGGCAGAAGAUGAACAACAAAAGAAUGUGAUUUCUGCCAAGAAUGGUUUGGAGUCUUACUGCUUCACCAUGAAGAGCACAAUGGAAGAUGAGAAACUUAAGGACAAGAUCCCAGAAUCUGACAAGAACACAAUUAUGGAAAAAGUCAAUGAUACUAUCAAAUGGUUGGAUGCUAACCAACUGGCUGACAAGGAAGAAUAUGAACAUAAACAAAAGGAAUUGGAAGGAAUUUGCAACCCAAUUAUCACUAAAUUAUAUGCUGGCGCCCAAGGUGGUAUGCCUGGAGGCAUGCCAGGUGGUUUCCCCGGAGCUGGUGGUGCUGGUCCUGGAGCUGGAUCUGGAGCCGGAGCUGGUCCAACCAUUGAAGAAGUUGAUUAA